AUGUGCACCUGUAACUGUACCUGUAGACCAACAAACUUGCGCAGGAAGCGGUCGCUUAAAACAGCUGAAAACGGUAAUGCAGCGCCCAUGGUGGAGAGUGAAGUCCAGUCUCCUGUGCACGCCAACGGACUGUGGAACACGGACACGGAAUCACCUAUUGAUAAGCCGGUGCCAAAGUGUCUGGCUGGAAGUGGACACGGAGGCGCACAGUCGACGAUCUCGGCUAGUCAGCGAGACCCCUCGGCAUUACCCUCAGCAAAAGUACUCGAAGGCGCCGACCUUGAAACCGAGCUAAUUGACCUUCAGUUCAAGGAAAAGGAACUAAAUCGCCUUAUGCAGCUACUGCAGGACUCGCGGAAUGCAUUGUAUGAGCAUCAACAGCGACUUCAGUCUACAGCAAAGCGCAAAACCGACCAAGCUCAACAAACUGAUCUGCCUUGCCCUCCUCCUCCCCCUCCUCCUCCUGCCGUAAUUCAGCAGUUCAGCAACUCGUUUGUCAGCACUGUGCGCAAGGAGACUGUCACUCAGCAACCAGAAAGCCAUCUUCCGAUGAAUUUCGUCCCACCAAAACCAUACCCUCUCUCCUUCGAGGACCAGAUGGCGUUCUAUGGCCCCUCUUCGGCGAAUUUCCGUGAGCGCGCAUCGUUUGGGCCUCAGGUGAGGACUAAUCUGAUCUCUGCCGCGUUCAUUCAUCGAUUGAGGCAACGGGUCCAACAACGGCGGGAGACCAGUAUCGGUAACGGCGAGUUUGUGAUUGGUGGAGAGAGGUCGUCGGAUGAGGACAACGACAGGCUUAGUCUGGCUGUCCACGGAGCGCAGAACACGUUUAUUGUUGGCUUGUUUGAGUAUUUGAUAAAUAUUCUGACGUGCUUGCUUUGCACCAAGUCGGCAUCACGGAAAUCCCCACUGGAUCACCGCCGCCAGGCAUGCGGCGCAUCUCCAAAGUUGGUGGCAAGUUUGGCUGCCCUGUCGCUUCGGGCGUCGCCCCCUCCUCCACCGGCUCCUCCUCCCAGCGGCAAGUCCGCCUUCCACGACGCCAACGAGGCACCACCGCCUGCCGCGCCCAACUCCGCGUCGUUGAAGCGACGGGCCAACCUAACUGCCGAUUCAUCCAUCAUGCAACGAUAUCCGACAACAGAGGAGAACUUCGUUGGCGUCGAGGCCUACGCCCCGGUGCAGCAGGCCACGUCGGUGAAAAUAAAACCGGCCAUUAAGAAGGUGGAAACCAAAGAAGCGGACUCACAAAGUGCUGGGAAGCGCUCACAGUGA